AUGUCGGUGGGUGUUGCAGUAUUUUCCUUAUCGCCAUUGGAUUUCCUCUGCGCCGCUCAAAGCCGCCGCUGCGCCUCUCCAAACCAGACCCUUUCCUGCGCCGUGCCAUAGCCUCCAGAGCAAAAGACAGUCGAGAGAGGGGGUCAAGAUGAGGAACAGGGAACUAAAGGCGGGCACGUGAAGCUACAACUGCAACUUCGUCAUGACAUGAACUAAGUCCCACCACGAACUGCCUCAUUGUCUGUCCUUUGUUUUCUGUUUUUUUAUGUCUUAAUUUUUAUUUUAUUUUAUUAUUCACCCUCCUUUUGUGGAGAGAAGUAAGGAGUAUCCAUCUACUAAACAUCAAUCACACUACUGUCUACCAGGCUGGCCCGGUAACUUUGGGUAGCCUCCUUUACAUCACUAAGAUCAAAGAUAGCAAUAAUGGUAUCAAAGGUCUUGUCAGUACCUGCACUUAUCAUAUCUUGUGGCAUUUGAUUACAUUUAAGCCAGCACUUUUAUUUAAACUAUUUACACAAGUCGCUGCAUUAAUUUAAUUUUCCUAUAGCUGCCUUUUUCUGAGCAAUCUUUGUUAAUUAUUGUCUUAGUUAUGUUUAUUGAGGUUUUUUUAAGGCAACUUGCUGUUCUAAAUAAUUAUUUAAAAGUGGAAUUUUAAUUUGUAGCUGCUUAGCAGCUUAUUUUGAUUUAUUUUUUACUUAUUCAUCACUGUUCAGAUUUUAUAGUUUGGUUUGUGAAUAGAUGUUCAGAAGGCAGUGAACUUUAAAAUUAUAAUUGUUUUUAAACGAAGACAAAAUGGUUAGUCUAAGCUUAAAUACUUUAAGAAGAAGAUCUUUCAAACCGGAAGUUACAUUUAAUGAAGAUGCUCGAGAUGACGGGAAAACGCCAAAUGACAUUUUCAGCCAUUAAGCACUGAAUAUAUAUUGCUCUAUGUAUAUUCCACAUUACUGGAGCGACGGACCUGCUGAAGUUGUAUCUAAAGUACAGAGCUGAUGAGGAUGCGCUCCCCAGACCCGUCUUCACUUUCCCCGUCGGAGGCACUGCUUCAUGGGCAGUUUGCCAGCUGGGGUUCUGGGAGUAACAGCAACAACAACAGCUGCCCCAACAGUCCUGGGGGUCCAGGCGGGAUCUCCCCCGCUGCCUCCCCCACCCCCCCUUCGGCCUCUAACUACGCCUUGACCCUGACUUACUCCCACAUACACAUCCAGAGACUGUCCCCUCGGCCCGGGAAGGAGGCCCGGCUGCUCCUGCCUUUGUCUGAGCUGGUGGGGUGCAGCUGUCCCCGUGCUCCUGCGCCUCCCCUGCUGGUACUUUACUGGUAUCCACCGGGCAAAAAGCGCAAAGGGGUGUCCCGGCGAAGGCAGGUGCGGGCGUACCUGUCCGAAAGCCGCACUGAAGCUGAGAGAUGGUCCGCUGCAGUGCAGUGUCUGCUCCGAGGGGUCCCUGUAACCGCGGAUACAGAGUUUUCAAGAAGUCUGCUACCUCGUCCCAGGCGGCUACUGUUAUUGGUCAAUCCUUUCAGUGGGAGGGGCCAAGCAAUGCAGUGGUGUCAGACCCACAUCCUGCCAAUGAUCAGAGAAGCCAACAUCAGCUACAAUCUUAUCCAAACAGAGCGCCAGAAUCAUGCCAGAGAGCUCAUACGAGAGAUCUCUCUACCAGAAUGGGAUGGAAUCAUCAUUGUGUCUGGAGAUGGCCUCCUACAUGAAGUAAUUAAUGGUUUGAUGGAGCGUCCUGACUGGGACCAAGCAAUAAAAACCCCUGUGGGCAUUUUGCCCUGUGGCUCUGGAAAUGCACUGGCCGGCUCCGUGAACCACCACGCAGGAUAUGACAUGUGCCUCCGGGAGCCCCUCCUCUUAAACUGCUGCUUCCUUCUUUGUCGUGGAGGAGUCCAACCUAUGGACCUGGUGUCUGUGACCACCAGCCCCUCCCCCAACAGCCACUCCAGCGCCCCCCGAAGACUGUUCUCCUUUCUGUCCGUCGCCUGGGGCUUUGUGUCAGAUGUUGACAUUGAGAGUGAGAGAUACAGAGGCUUAGGCUCAGCUCGUUUCACUUUAGGCACCCUUGUGCGCAUAGCUUCUCUCAGAUCUUACAAAGGGCGACUCUCCUAUUUACCUCCUUCUAUCACCACCACGUCUCUAGACACUACGCCUCCUCCUCCACGUCGCCCCCUGUCCCGCAGUAUCACCGAGGGACUGGAGGGUUUCUGCAAAACACCCAUUCACCGCACUUGCUCGGACAUGGGCAUCAGCGAGCAGAGGAGCCUCCGACGGGGUGAAGGAGAGCGGGAGAAGGAGGAGAGGCAGCGGGAGAGAGAGAGGAGGAGGCAGAGGGCCAGAGGAGGAGGAACGGGAGUGGUGCGGGCCAGUAGUUUGGCAGAGGACAGGGAGAGAGAGCUGGAGAUGGAGGCUGAGGAGGAGUUAUGUUCUGAGAGAUCUGGGACCAGUUCAGAAUCUAAUGAAAGGGAAGAUUGUAACAUGAGAAAGAAUGAACGGUUGGUUGGCAUAAAGGAUGAAAGGGAAGAGGAGGGCACAGUAGAGCAGGACUCUAGUGAGAUGGAUGACGAUGACCGGAGCAAAGACGGUGAUGAGGACGAAAGCGAGGGGGUGUUACCGGCAAAAGAAAUGGGAGAGAACUAUGGGAUAGAUUCAGGAAAGGAGGCAGACGAAGAGACUAGAACUGGAUAUAUAGAAGACAGUCCCCAGGAGAGCAGACAGGCUGUUAGAAAGAACUCAGCUCCUUCCAGUCAAAUCGUCAGUGCGCUGUUGAGCCAACCAGAGCCUGACACUGCUCCUUACACCGUGGAGGACAUGGAUCUAAAUGGAACAUACUACCAGCAUGACGCAUACCCAUUGGACCCUCGUGAACGCGCACUGACCAUCUCCUCUCCUUUUCGGCACUCCCCCUUCUCCUACAAACCCAAAGCACUUGACCAGAACCAGAAUGCUUCUCGCCCACGACCUCUCUCCCUCCUUCAGCACUCACAGUCCAACUCCCUCCCUCCAAAACUCUCCUCUCUGUCCCUGUCCCUCUCUCCCACUCCUCCCUCAUCACCCUCCUGCGCCUCCCCUCACGCCUCUGCAUACCUGGCCCCGCGCAUUAACACCCCAAACUCUACCUCACCUUCGCCCUUACGCACACCGUCCUCUUCUUUUAACUUUGACAUUGCCGAGCCAGCAGGACCAUUUAAAAACCGUCCACUACCUUCAAAUCUCCCUAAAGAUGACUUGUUACCCCCUCUGGACCAGCCUCUUCCUACCAGAGACUGGGUUACCAUUGAAGGUGAUUUUGUCCUGGUUUUGGCCCUGUAUCAGUCCCAUCUUGGGGCGGAUCUGCAUGCUGCACCACAAGCCAGGUUUGACGAUGGCUUAAUUCACUUAACGUUUGUGCGGGCGGGCAUCUCUAGAGCCACUCUGCUGAGGCUGUUCUUUGCGAUGGAGAGAGGGACCCAUCACUCCGUCAGUUCGCCGUAUGUGAGUCAUGUGACCUGUCGAGCCUUUCGCCUGCAGCCCCUGUCUUCACGCGGGACCCUGACGGUGGAUGGAGAGCUUGUUCCCUAUGGGCCUCUUCAAGCACAGGUUCAUCCUUCCUUGUCUCGUCUUAUUGUCGGCGACUCUGGAGUGAAGAUCACACGAUUCUAGGGACUCAGGGAUUGGUUGAGCUGCGUUCAGCAUUGUGUCUACUGAAUUAUGUAAUCUCUGUUGCAAUGUCCACUCUGCUAUGAGGAAACUGAGGAAGAAGGGUAAAUCAAAUGAGACUCUUAAAUAUCCCGGGCUGCUGAAACUGCUUUUUUAAUGAAAAGGGAUAACCCACCGAGCCACAUGUUUUUGAGCGCAGGGAUUAAUGUCUUUGAAAAAUGGGAAUUGAAAAAGUUGCACAGUUGUAGGAUUACACAUGGCAUCCUCUGAGAAGCAUGAAACUGCACAGCUUGGAACAAUAAGAGGGAAAACAAUCAAAUGUGUGAUUGGUGCAGAUAGUGCAUGUAUCCGAUGUAUACAUUAGUCGUAUGCAUGCAGAAAAGCACUACCUGUUUUUGCCUUACCAUGAUAUUGAACGGAAUCCAAAUAAUAGUAGAAUUGUAUUAAAUCACACUUUAAAUCACAGUGAACGUCUCUGGGGUAUGCACCAGAAUAAAUGAUCCAUUGGCCUUUCAUAUCUAACUAAGUUUUAUUGAAAAAUCUCCCUUCUGGAAUGCCUUAUUUGCCGCUGGACAAUGUUGUUGCGGUGCCCUGAUUUUUUUUUUUACUUAAAAAGGAAAAUUAGAUACUUCUUAAAUCCUUAAUUAAUCUUCAUAACAAUAAAUAAAUAUCACAUGAAGACCGGCUAGGCUUAUAUGUUUAGACAAACUGAUAGAGCUGUAUUGUAAAGUGUAUUUCCAACAAUUUGCUGCAUCAUUGCAGAACUUUGACUUUCAUGCAAUCGAAUCAUUGUGCAAGAUUUGACUACCUUUAAUAGGUUACAUUGAUGUGUUAACAUUCAAACUGCCCAUGGAUGGAUACUGAGGUGAAGGACAGGUCAGUUUCUUUGGCAAAAUUUGCCUUUUAGUUGUCAAAAUACUGUGGUUUUACCUGGUUUAUUAGAUUCUUUUGUACUGUCCUUAUGAAACAAAGAAAAUGCAAGUUUAAGUUGUACAAAUUAACUGCAGAGAAUUUUUCCCAUAAUAGUUUCAACAAGUAUUGGCAUUACUUAGAGGCAAAUUAGUUGUCUACUGAAACUGGUUGGUUUGUCCCAAUCCUUUACAUGAAUUGUUCAACAUUUAUGGAUUUUUUUAUUCUUAAAUUUUUUUUUAACGGGCCUGAGAGUUAUUCAGGCCCCUGCCCUAUAUCUGAAACCAUAACAAAACAUUCUUAGUUUUGUGAACACAGCCUAUCCAUGGGUUUGGAAAAAUUUUGAAUGGUCCUCCAUGCUCAAAAUGUCACUAUAUAACAGAAAGCUGACACCCAUGAAUAGGGAAUUUCUGCUGUUAAACUGUCUCCAAUACAUUUUGCUAGCCUGUCUUAUGAACUGAUACACGAUUCUUGAUGUCAGCAAACGUAAUCGGCUUAAGUGAACUUGAGCAUGUCUGAACUCACAAGCCUUUAUCAGUAGCUUUAGACUGUUUUGACGUUUAGUUAAAUCAUACAAUUAAUGUCAUGUCAUUUAUUUGUUUUUAUUUUGCACAUUUACAUAAGAGUCAAUCACACUAGAGUAGAGUGGGUAAACCGGUGCUUUUCUAUGAACAGCUCCUAAAGUGAUCAUUUCAAAGCAAUGGUAUAUGUAAAGAUGUUUCAGAAAUAAAUAGGCCUACUGUUAAUAUUUUUCUAUAUGAAAUUUGACACUCAAAAUACAUUCAAAAAGGCAUUGAUUCAUAAGUAUUACACAUUUUACACACACCAGUAACAUGGAGAAAUUUGCCCGUAAUUAUCAGAAAUUACCUCAAAUUCUAUUUCCGUUCAAAAUUUCUGUAAUAAAAACAACCUUGAUCUAAAGUAAUUUACACAAAAGAUUUUGUAAUCACCUCAAAUUUGUCGCUUUCUCUGUAAACUCAAAUAUCUUAAAAACAGCCUUGAUCUUGCCAUUUAGAAAUUAUAUCUGCCUAUCUACUUCUAUACAAUGUUUUUUUUAUUUUGUUGUUUUUUGUUUUUCUUUUUUGUAAUUGCUCAUCAUUACCAUACUGUAAUUGUAUUUCAUGCCUCAUCAAAGCCUUUGUCCUGAAACUUCCUGUGACUGGACCAUUUUGAGAGCAGAAAGAUGGAUGACAUAUUUUUGCUUCGGGCCUUUAUUCUUUUGUUUCACCGCACACAAAGCAGCUAGUACACAAAUAUUUUACACUGUGCUUUCUCAGCUACAGAAUGUGAUUUUUUAUCAGUAUAGACUUGUACACAUUUCCAAAUAGAAGCAUUGAUUAAUAAAGACUUUGAAGUAAUUGCCAUAUUGUUUACUCUUGAUGUAAAGAGAAAAUAGUUUACUUUGUUGAACAUGUGUUAGGUGCAGUGUUAGGGACUGAUACCUAAAAAAGCUGUUUGUUUGUCAUGGACUGCCUGUAAGGAUGUUGUAAUUAUUACUAAACAACUAUGAAAGAUGUACAGUUAAUAGUAAUAUGAUUUUGAAUAAAUGUAACUUCAUACAUUUGCUUUGA